UGUAGUUUAUGAUUUCACAGGAAAGGGAGGAAACAGCUAUUUGUAGCCCUGUGGCCUGUCAAUUGCCUAUAUGCUGCUAAUGAGGCUAUGUUCUUUGCAUAUCUAGGAGGAAUUGUUUUCCUAAUAAUUUCAUUCCUUUUUUGGUACAAGUUUAUCUAUAGUCCCUACCAAUUUUUUAAAAAGUUUGGCUUGCAUUCUCCCCCAACUGUACCCUUCUUUGGAAACAUUUUUGACAUAUUUAAAUUGGGGAGUAUUUACGCUUUAGAAAAAUGGUCAAUAAAAUAUGCAUCCAUAAAUUAUGCCUACAGAUACUAUAUUGGUGCACAGCCUUACCUUGCUGUGCUUGAUCCUGAUAUAUUGAAAGAGAUUAUGAUAAAAAAGUUUGAUAACUUUACUGAGAGAAAGAAGGAUUUUGGCUUUAUGACUGAAAUUCGAAAAAAAGCUAACAUUAACAGCAUGUUGUUGUUUAUGAAUAAGCAAGAUUGGAAGAGGACCAGAGCAAUCAUUACUCCUACUUUUUCAACCAAGAAAUUAAAAAUGAUAUCACCACAUAUUGAAAGAAGUUGUGAUACAUUAGUUGAGAUAUUUAGUGACAUAAGUAGAAAGAACAAUAGUGCUGAGUUGUGGAGAAUAUUUGGACAAUUUAGUAUGGAAGUCAUUUUAGCAACUGCAUUUGGUUGUCAAGUCAAUAUUCUUAAAGGAGAAGAGAACUCUCUGACAGAAGCUGCUAUAGGAAUAUUCACACCUAAUUUAUAUAAUCUACUAAGUGAAUUGUGCACUCAAAUUCCUUUCUCAGCAAAGUUUUUUGGAUUGUUUUUUGCUAAAAGAUUGAAACUAACUCAACACCAUAGUACUGCUAGAAACUUUAUUUUUCAAGUAAUCAAUCAGAGGCGCCUGCAAUCAUACAACAAUACAAAUGUUGACUUUCUACAGCUUUUGAUGGAAGCCAAAGCAGAAGAUGAUCAAAUUUGUCCUGGUUCUAAACAAUUAACUGAUGAGGAAAUAAUUUCUGUUUCCUUAUUUUUUCUAUUAGCUGGAUAUGAGACAACUAGUAACCUACUUGGAUUUACAGCUUACCUUCUCGCAAUGAACCCUGAUAAACAAGAUAAACUUACACAAGAAAUUAAUAACUAUUAUCAAUGCAAUAAAGAUUCUUCUCUUUAUGAUGCUGCACAUAGCAUAGAGUAUUUAGACAGAGUAAUAAAUGAGUCACAGAGGAUAUAUGCACCAGGAUCAAUGACCUUCAGGGAGUGUGAAAAUACAUGUACAAUUAAUGGAGUGACUAUACCAGCAGGUUGUACAGUCAUGAUACCUAUUCAAAUUCUACACCGAUUAGUUGAACAUUGGGAACAGCCUGAAAUUUUUAGGCCAGAAAGGUUCAGUCCUCAUGAGAAAGAGUCUCACCAUCCGAUGUGUUUUAUGCCAUUUGGUGCUGGUCCUCGUAAUUGUAUUGGUAUGAAACUUGCUUUAAUGGAAGCUAAAAUGUGUCUAACAAGUUUAAUGAGAAAGUACAAGUUUGAGAGAGCACCAGACACACAAGUUCCAUUGAAAACUCGUAUUGGCAUCACACAGUCACCAGUGAAUGGAAUAUUUCUUAGAGUCCUUUCAAAUGUUUUUUAACGUUUUGAUAGACCAUUAGUUUCAGAGUGUGAGGGGUCAGUGAUAAAUAAUUUCAUUAAUAAUUUAAAAUUUGUAAUGUGUAUAUUGAUGAUUAUGGAUCUUGUCAAGUUAAA